CAUUUAUUGAAUCUCACGUCAUCAGUAUUUACUCCUUGCCUAUCGCUUUAAACAUAUCUGAUGCUUUCUCUUUGAUAACUGUUAGGAUCUAAGAUUUAAGCUCGUGAUUCAUUGGAAAAUUAGUAAUAAUGGGGCGCCGUCCUGCUAGGUGUUAUCGUUAUUGUAAAAACAAACCGUACCCUAAGUCACGGUUCUGUCGUGGUGUGCCAGAUCCAAAGAUUAGAAUUUUUGACUUGGGAAAGAAAAAAGCCCGAGUUGAUGAUUUCCCAUUAUGUGUGCAUCUUGUAUCUGAUGAAUAUGAACAACUAUCUUCUGAAGCUUUAGAAGCAGGGCGUAUUUGUGCUAACAAAUACUUGGUUAAACACUGUGGUAAAGAUCAGUUUCAUAUUCGUAUGAGACUUCAUCCAUUCCAUGUUAUUCGUAUCAAUAAAAUGUUGUCAUGCGCUGGAGCUGAUAGGCUUCAAACUGGAAUGAGAGGAGCUUUUGGUAAACCACAAGGUACUGUAGCUCGAGUUCAUAUUGGUCAACCUAUUAUGAGUGUACGCUCCUCUGAUAGAUACAAGGCUGCUGUAAUUGAAGCAUUGCGUCGAGCCAAGUUCAAGUUUCCUGGGCGUCAAAAGAUCUAUGUGAGCAAAAAAUGGGGAUUUACCAAGUAUGAUCGUGAAGAAUAUGAAACAUUGAAAGAUGAAGGAAGAUUAGCACCUGAUGGUGCCAAUGUUAAAUUCCGCCCAGACCACGGACCAUUGGACAACUGGAGAAAAGUCCAAAGAGAAUUACUUGCUGUAUAAUUAUAAUUAAAUUUCAAGUAUUUCUUGCUAUGGAAAUAAAUUUUUUUUUUAUUAUCUAA